AAACUGGAAAAAAAAAUCUACAGCAUUCCUCUAAUAAUCACUCUCUCUAAAAUCUCCGCACUCCUAUCAUCAGCUCACAACAACAAAAAAAAAAUAUGGCCGAAACUCCAUCAUCCGCCGCCACACCACCGCCGCCCCCACCACCAACACCACCGUCACUUUCCGAUCAAACUCCACAACAAUACUGGUGCUACCAGUGCGAUAAGCGCGUGCCUAUAGAAACACUUCCCGAUCAACCUGACGUCAUCUGUUUCGAAUGCAAAAACGGUUUCGUUGAGUUAAUCUCCGUCAAUCCCCACCACACGCUUCCGCUAAUCACGGAUGACGACGACGAUGAUAAUCAGCCUGCGUUUGGGCACGAGUUUCUUCAGGUACUUCGGUUGAUUGCACAGGCGGCGCGAGACGACGCGCGUGGUGAACAAACGCCUGAGGAUGAUGACCAGGAGGUUAGAAAUGUGGAGCGUGAUGACGACGCGCCUGAAAACGAGGCGCGUGGAGACGACGCGCCACCACCUCCACCUGAUCGCGACGGCGACGUUGACGGUAAUGAUUAUUUACGUAUUGAACUUGAUGGAUGGAAUGAUAAUGAUGAUAAUAAUGAUGACGACGAUGAUGACGAUGAGGAGGAUGAUAAUGAUGGUGAUGGAUCUGAGGAAGAUGAAGAUAUUGUGGCUAUAGAUACAGAAAAUGAAGAUGUGAUGAGGAGAAGGCAAAGGCGAGAAGUGAUCCGUUUACAGCUCCGAGAUUUCGCAACGAGAGCGUUAACUAGACGAAACCGGGUUUUGGAUUGGGCAGAGAUACUAAUGGGACUGGAGGAUCAUUCUAUCGAGUUUCGGUUUCAAGUACCCGGAGAUAGUGAUGGAUAUAUAGGUAAUCCAGGUGAUUAUGUUGAUGCAGCUGGAUAUGAAGCAUUGUUACAGAACUUAGCUGAAAGUGAUAACGGUUCGAGAAGAGGCGCCCCACCCGCUGCUAAAUCCGCCGUUGAAGGGUUGAAAAGUGUGGAUGUCAAAGAAUUGGGAAUGGGGAUGGUGAAUGAGAGUGAGGUUUGUGCUAUUUGUAAAGAUAAAGUGUUUAAUAAUGAGAAAGAGAUAGUCAAGGAAUUGCCAUGUGGACAUAUGUAUCAUCAAGAGUGUAUUGUGCCUUGGUUGGGUUCUAGGAACACUUGUCCUAUAUGUAGGUAUGAAUUGCCAACUGAUGAUCCUGAGUAUGAGGAAGAAAGGAAGAAGAGGGCGAAUACUAGGGAUGUAUUGGCUACGGAAACAGCAGCUACAACAUCGGAAUCGUCGAACUCUAGUGACGGGGUUUGAGAUAUAUGAUAUGUAAGUGUUUCUUUCUUUUUCUUGUAACGCAAAGAUUGAAUCUUGUUUUUUUUCCUAUUUUUUUUAUUUAUGAUGCUGCUUAUAAGGAUUGAUGGUAAUGUUUCCAUUAUUGUAAAUAAAAAGUUGUUCCAUUUGAUUA